CUCCGGCCAGACCAAGCCAGGUUCAAUCUCGCGAGGUCAGCUUUGCAAAUCCCGCGAGAUUUUCCCGCCCCCUCCUUCCCGUUGUCCGCCUUCUCGCUUGCCGGCCGGCCCGUCAGCCUGCCAGGGUUGACAGGGAUGGCGCCGGGGUGGGGGAAGGGAGGGUUCAAAUCACGCGAGAAUCGGGAGGCUGGUGGGAUUUGGACUUAGCAACCGUCGAGAGUUUGGUCCUUCGCAACCAGUUGCUGGCGGAAGCGGAGGAAGAAGCCCCUGUGGAGGCGGAGGCUGAGAAUGGCUAGAUUUCUCCUGUGUGAGCCAACAAUGCUUUACAACAUCUUAAAUCAGGAAACACAGCGCUCCAGAUUAGCAGAGACCAACUAUCUCUAUUUACUAGAUGUCCGUACCAAACGAGAGUAUGAUGAAAGCCACAUCAUCACCGCCCAGAGGAUGAAGCAGAAGGGAGGUAAAUAUGUUGUUCCAAAGUCCAUGGAUCUGGAGUGUGUGAAGUACUGCAUCGUGUAUGACGGAAUCACCAACUCCUUGGACGUGUGUGUGGAGCUAGAGGAGAAGGACAACACUGACAGCUCUGAGGAUGAGGAGGAAGGCAACGUUUCAAUGGGGGCUGCCAUAGAGGGUGCCAAGGUCUUGGCGGAGCACACUCGCCACCCUGUCUACAUCCUGAAUGGGGGCUAUGAACGCUUCUCAGCUUCCUAUCAUUUCUUCAGGACUCAGAAGAUUUUCUCAAUGCCUCAGGAACUGGAUGCAUUUCAGACAUACCCCAUAGAGAUAGUGCCUGGAGAAAUCUACCUGGGAACUUUGAGACAGGCCUGCAAUCCUCAAAUGCAUAAGCAUCUGAAAGUCAAAGCUCAUGUCAAUGUCUGCUUGGAAACAGCACCCUUCUUUGAGGGAGAUAAGAGGAACUUUCUUCAUAUCAAAGUGACCGACUCCCCAGAAGAGGAUCUUUUCUCCCAUUUCCGGCAGGCCACUCACUUCAUGGAUGCCCAUAUUAAUCUUGGCUCUGUCGUCCUUGUUUUCUCUACUCGGGGAAUAAGUCGUGGUUGUACUAUGGUUUUGGCUUAUCUCAUGCAUCGGAAUAAAGAAUCCUUAAGGAGAUCCUGGGCCCAUGUGCAGAACUGUAAAAACAACAUUCGGCCCAACAGAGGCUUUGUGCAGCAGCUGGUGAAUUGGGAGAAGGUGAUCCACGGGGCUGUUGUCACUGACAUUUCAGAUCCCCAUUACUGACCCUUCCCCAGAGCUUCCCA